AUGGCCUCUUCUCGUCGCGGCGUAGGCUUGGGCGCCUUCUCCAACGCCGCUAUUUCCUCCGACAAGUACGCAGCUCAUGGCGCUGCACUUCGAUCAACCCACGCCGACGCUCUCGCCAACCAGCUCUCCGUCUUCCAAGCAGCACUGCACAACUUCUCCCUCACCCAUGCCAAGGACAUUCGCAGCAAUCCGACUUUUCGCGCCGAGUUCGCUCGAAUGUGUCAUGCCAUUGGUGUCGAUCCCCUCGCUGGCAGCAACAUCAACGCGAAAGAUGCAAGCGGGAAGGGUGGCAGCGUGUGGGCGAAGAUGCUCGGCACAAGCGUGAACGAUUUCUACUUCGAGCUCGGCGUGCGGCUUGUGGAAGUUUGCAGAGAGUCACGGGGUGAAAACGGUGGCAUGAUUGCGUUGGCUGAAGCGAGAAAGCGGAUAGCCAAGGGCAGAGGACUGGUAGGUGGUGGUAUGGAAGUGACAAAUGAUGAUGUUCAGCGUGCACUGGAGAGUCUGGAGCCACUGGGUGGACAGUUCAAGAUUGUGCACCUGGGUUCCACGAAGUAUAUUCGCAGUGUCCCUAAAGAGUUGAAUCCGGAUCAGUCGACUGUGCUGGAAGUGAUACAGGUCAUGGGGUUUGUGACUGUGUCUAUGCUGCAAGCGAACCUGCACUGGGAGCAGGCACGAGGUGUGGCCGUCAUUGAUGAUCUGGUUGCCGACAGCCUGGUUUGGGUCGACGAGCAAGCUGGUGAAACCGAGUACUGGAGUCCUGCUGCUAUGCACGAAGGUGGCUGA